AUGAGUCCUACAGGUGGUUUGUUGUCCUUCCACCUCAUAUGCCUCGUAUGUCUCAUAUGGGCUACAUCUGCUCAAAUGGAUUGGAAUAGUCCAAUCGUAGCCAGUGAACGAGAGAAAUUCCUUGAAGACCGCGAUGCCCUCACAUCCUAUUUCGGAGAUCAAAAACAUAACAUUUCCCUUUUUCCCUCACCUGAAGACAUGCUUAAGAAAAUCGGCUCGUUUGAGGACGUAGACAAAUCUAACAUUAAAAAUCAUAAUUAUAACGACAUGACUGCAUGGCUGAAGCAAAUCAGCUUAAAUUAUCCUAAUAUCACAUGGCUAUACACAGCCGGAAAGUCUGUUCGUGGUCGAGACUUGUGGGUCAUUGUGGUUUCAGACAAUCCACGAGAACACGAAUUGCUAGAGCCUGAAUUGAAGUAUGUGGGGAACAUGCACGGGAAUGAAGUUGUCGGUCGCGAAACUCUCCUCUAUUUCAUCGAUAUCUUGUGUAAAAACUUUGGCAAAAACGAUUACAUUACUAACUUCGUGAAGAACAAUCGCCUGCAUAUCAUGCCAUCUAUGAAUCCUGAUGGAUAUGAAAUGGGCUAUGCUGGGGAUCGUAUUGGAUACGCUGGUCGUUCCAAUUACAAUAAUGUUGAUUUGAACAGAAAUUUCCCUGCUAAAUGGCCUCAACAUCGUGAGGCGUCGGGGGGAUCAGAGACUGAAAAAGAAGUUGAUGUAGUUAUGAAAUGGCUCCAAGAUUAUCCUUUCGUCCUCAGUGCCAAUUUCCACGGAGGUUCUUUGGUUGCUAAUUACCCUUUCGAUGAUUCAACGACUGGACAAGAUAUAUACUCACCUAGUGUAGACGACAGACUCUUUGUUGAAAUGGCUUAUCGAUACGCUAGAGCUCACACAACCAUGUGGAAAACGGGUAGAAGAUGCGGAUUGAGUAGUGACGGAGAUUCUUUCAUCAAUGGAAUCACAAACGGAGCUGGAUGGUAUCAUUUGGCUGGAGGAAUGCAAGAUUGGCAGUAUGAACAUACAAAUGCCUUCGAGAUUACCAUUGAAAUGGGUUGCUUCAAGUUUCCAACUGAUGAUAUGCUUCCUGAGUUAUGGAAAGAUCACCAAAUGUCGCUCUUUGCCUUCCUGGAGCUGAUUGAAUCGUCUAUUUACGGUUUGGUAACUGACGAAAAAGGAAAUCCUCUCUCAAACGUAACAGUUUAUGUUGAACAAGGUAAGCCUAUUCAUACUACCACUGCUGGUGAAUAUUGGAGAAUCCUGCCUCCCGGUGAGCAUGUGCUAACCUUCGAUCACAGCGGACUGGAAUCGGAAUCCGUUCUCAUUAAGAAUAUGGAGGAAAGUCGUACUCGUCGUGAUGUUACUCUGCAUCCCUGUGGUAGCGGUAAAGAAGAUGCUUACAUGAUCCGUCGUGGAAACGGAGACAUAGCGAUCGCUGUUGUGGGCACUUCACUAAGCGCUUCUGAGGCUUUGCGAGAACUGGCUCAUUUGACUUGUUCCUCUGAUUUUGAAUUAGAUUCUCAAGUAGCUUUGCUGAUCAUUCCAUUAUUGAAACCUGGAGAUGCUGUGAAGGCUUUGAGAAAGCUUAAUCCAGCAGCUUUACUUGUUGUUUCUGAUGGUUUUGUAGAAUCGCUCACUUUCAGUACUAUUGAAAAUCAGCCUAAACUCUUCGAUAAGGAUAAACUCGAAGAGAGUCUUAGGAACACUUUAGGAUAUGGAUCAAACUGUGAAAAGUAUGUCUAA